AGUGGCUAGUUCGUAAAGUGUCUGAAGCCUCGGCAGCGGGAGAAAGAAAACCUUCGACAGGUGAAUUCUCGGAUUCGGAUGUGAUUCAAUCUGUAGUGUGUUGUGUUUAGUUCGAUAGGUUUAUUUUUUCGAAGACGUAGUAAAAUCCAAGUGCGACCAACAGCCAUUAUUUUUGUGUUGUGCUCGAGGAGGUGAUUCUAGGGAAAGGAAAAUCAUCCCCCCAACUCCCGGACGGAAUCCGGAUCGGUGAAGAUUGUGUUUCUCCCCGGGUUGGAAUCGUACGAGGCAGCAGCAGCUGGUUGCUUUGAAACGCUCUCGGAAAUCGGAAUCGGACGGUGGUGGGUGAGGCUUAUCAGUGUGCGUUGUGUGUUCUACCCAGCUUUGAUUGUUGAAAGGUCACCGGAGGCAGUGAAGUGAAGUCACAGUGAAGCAGUGAUUGCUGAUAAUGGUUCCCAGCAGAAGGAGCUAGUGCACGAACGAGUGAGUCUGCCCGAGAGAGAUCUCGCAAGGGGCGAAAGUGUAACGAAAGUGAUAUUUAUUUUUUUGUUUCUAUUGUGUGUACCGCUGCUGCAGCGUUUGAUGGUGUUUCCGGUGCGGAAUAACAUCAACCGGAGCCAGCGAGUAAAAUACUUCCGAUGACCUCAGACGGACCGCUAGUCAAUUUGGAUUUCGAAGAAACCCACACGAAAGCCAACUUUCCGGUCGGAACGGCGACUACCACGGUAAUAGCCGCUGUCCACCACCAGCAGGAACGGGAACCAUCGUCCCAAAGGUCGCCACCGUUGCCCACCUCUUCGCUGCUGAACGGAGGCGGUCCCUUUGCCGGAACGGGAGGCGGAGGUGGCGGUGAACCGAUCCCAAACACCCGAUCCGCAUCCCAUGUAGUAGACAGCAAACAAGCCAAAGCCAGAACGAAACAAUAUGAGAUAAGCGGAGAUCUGUCAACGUCGUUGUCGGACUACGAACGGAACAACGGCAGUGUCAACUCGCUGUCCAGCGGAGAUUUUGUUGUGGGAACCGGUGGUGGCGGAGGUGUUGUGGUGGGUAGCAGUACACUGUUCUCGAACUCGCUGACGCUCAUUCCGGAAGUGCACUUCGAAGGCAUCACGCUGGAUUCGGGGAUCGAUCGGGAGUCGCAGCCGCUGCUCGGCGGCCGCGAGCAUGAGAUUACCUACAAUCAAUUCCCAGAUGACCCCCACUUCAGUGACCUGGUGUACUCAGCCGAAAUCGCCAUCGAUGCCGGUAUCUACCCGGAACGAAUCUACCAGGGCAGCAGUGGAUCCUACUUCGUGAAAAAUCCCGCCAAUAAAGUCGUAGCGGUGUUCAAGCCGAAGGAUGAAGAACCCUACGGAAGGCUCAACCCAAAGUGGACCAAAUGGAUGCACAAGCUGUGCUGUCCGUGCUGCUUCGGUCGAGCGUGCCUCAUUCCCAAUCAAGGCUACCUCUCGGAGGCCGGCGCCAGUCUAGUGGAUCAGAAACUAAAUCUUAACAUUGUACCAAAAACUCGCGUCGUCCGACUGGUUUCGGAGACGUUCAACUAUCCGCGUAUCGAUCGGCAAAAGGCCCGGAUAAAGAAAACUAUCAAGGAGCGGAUACCAGCGGCCCGUUUCAACCGAAUGAGCCUUCCACCGAAGACGGGUUCUUUUCAGCUGUUCGUUGAUGGUUACAAAGAUGCCGACUAUUGGCUGCGGCGGUUUGAGCAGGAACCGCUUCCUACGCGGCUAUCGCAAAAGUUUCAGCUCCAGUUCGAGCGGUUAGUCGUGCUGGACUACAUCAUCCGGAACACGGACCGCGGUAACGAUAACUGGCUCAUCAAGUACGAACAACCGACGAUAGUGUCGCAGGUUAACGGCGGUACACCCAACGGAAUGCCCCGGAGUAGCAGUCGGCUGGAGAUGACCGAGAACACCGAUUGGAACUUGGUUCAGCUGCCGGAGAUUCGGAUUGCCGCCAUCGAUAAUGGGCUGGCGUUCCCGUUCAAGCAUCCGGAUUCGUGGCGGGCCUAUCCUUACCACUGGGCUUGGCUACCGCAGGCGAAGGUACCGUUCAGCCAGGACAUCAAGGAUCUCAUCCUCCCGCUGCUGUCCGAUCUGAACUUCGUGGAGGAAUUGUGCAACGAGCUGUUCGAGCUGUUCCGCCAGGACAAGGGCUUCGAUCGGGGCCUGUUCGAGCGGCAAAUGUCUGUGAUGCGCGGCCAGAUCCUGAAUCUGACGCAGGCCCUCAAGGACGGCAAAAGUCCCGUGCAGCUGGUCCAGAUGCCGGCUGUCAUCGUUGAACGAUCCAAAGUGAAUCCCGGUUCGGCCCGAUUUUUCUCAUUCCAACAGCGCUUCCAAAACAAGAGCCCUUUCUUCUCCUGGUGUUAGAGAGCAUAAAAUUCCCUCACGAAACCUCAAACAUGAAACCGUUUCGAAAACGAAGAAAACACGGAAAAACACCGAAAUGAAGUAAGUUUCAAACUGAACUAACAGCAAAGGAAAUACAUCGUAAUAUAACGCAAUGUGACUAACUGGGAACGGCGCUGUUUAGGGGAGGGAAACAAAUGUUCUGGGAACACUUAUCGUUUGUAUGUAAUCGAGGUAAUGAAAUGGAUCCGUUAUAAACUAUAUAUAUAUAAUGCAUAGUAAAACAAACUGUAUGUAUUCAAAUUACGAGCAAAAUAAAGUUAUGCAUAGUAUAAAAACAUGCUACUGAAAGUGAAUCAUUAGAAUGUCUUGUGAAAUUCUCUUCUUUUAUGUAUAUUUAUUGGAUAUUGUCAAGCAACAGUCUGGAUUAUUUAUUCCUAUAUUUUUACCAGUUGUAAUCUUGUGUAUAUAAGUGGUCAAUACGAAAGAUAAUUUCCAAAAUUUAAGAGACUUUUGUUCAGUUAUUUCUAGUGUACCAAAAAUAGUUCCAAGAUCCUGUUGUUUCAUGAUGGUGAAACCUAAGUCAAACAUUUCAGUGUGACACUUGAAGGUAGCGACGAGUCUAUAAAUGAAAUCAAACAUCACUAGUCUUAUUUAUUAAAAAACAAUUACUACUAAACAACAAACAGUAAAUACAUAAGCCUAAGUUUGGAAUUCAAAUUCGACAUACGAAAAAAAAACCUUUGUACAAUAGAUGAAAAAUUAGGGAAGAAAAUACGCAAAACCGUUUGGUCCAAAAGUUGUUGAAAUUUUCGACAAAUUCGCAAAUCAGUAAAUCAUAAACCCAUGAAAAAUCAGAACCAGAAUAGUAAAGGAUGAUAAUAGGCUAGAGACAUUUCGGUAGCUAGGUAGAACACAACUAGACAAUUAACUUCACCAAUUACCACGCGAAAUGAAAGAUUUGCGAUCAAACAGUGUAGUAGUGGAAGGAGAAUCAAGCGCGACCGUUUCAAUUAGAUCAAUAGCAAAGGAUUUAGUUCUCAUUCCUAUUUACGGACAUCACAUCUACUACAGACAACAGGUCCACAUUAAAACACGCGAAAGCAGAAAGUCCUCAAUAGGUCAACUAUGUUUUACAAUCAAUCAGUUACACACUAGACCCGAAAAAGGAAAUCAAUAAUAAUCAUCAAAUACAGUAAGAA